CGGCGUUGCUUCAGCGAUUCCUCGCGACCCGGCAGGCGAACAACAUGCAGCUCGAUUCCGCGAGCUUGCUGCCGCCCACAUCCGUACGCUCGACGAACCUGUGCUUGCCCCGCUUUUUCGCCCUGUAGGUCGCUGGCAGUUUUCUCCCAGAAUCUAGACUCGGAGAAUUCUGCUGGGGACAAGCCGGCACAGCUGCUUCAAAACGACAUCCGCCUUCCCGGCUUUCGUUCCGGCAUCGAGCGGCGCGGAACUCUCUUUUCCACUGUGGUCGAUGGAAACCCGCACCCCUUCCUACGGACGGAGAGAGAAUUAGGGAGUUUCACGCACGUCGUUUCCUACUAAUCUUUAACCCCAGGGCGAAACGACUGCUCAGAGUCUCGUCUGGCUAGCUGUCAUCUCAGGUGUACCGACAGCGCGGACGCUUUACACGUUUUAGGCGACAACAUGCGUGCGCGUUUUGAGGAGCGCACAGCGAAGGUCGGGUAGGCUUUUUUGUCGCGCGUUUUUCUCUCGGAGUCGCCUUCAUAGCGCGUUUCCUUCUGAAGAGAGGGCCGGGACGAUGCUCUGUGUGGAGGUUCUGGAGCUGCUGCUCUAUUCCUGCCUGCACGAGUAUUGCUGCUGCGGCCGCGGGGGCAGCUCGAACUGCGUAGAGAGGGGUUCUCAGGGGAAUGAUGGCGUAGACUCGGUAAUAUACGGCGCGGAAGAAGACGGUUGCCCGUGCAAACAGAUCCGUAACAUUCUUGUGGUGUCUCUGUGUGACGGCGGCAUUGUUGCCGCCGCAGUUUCCUCCUCACACACGCGGCCGUUCGCUGCAAAGGCUCUCGCAUUUCCUCCGUCGCACUUCUCGCCAACCUGCAUGCUCGCCAGCGAGACGAAGGUCACGCAGCAACCUGCAGACGCAGCCGUCUCGCCGCAACCGAUGCAGUCGUCUACCCAGCCGCUCCAGAUUCCCGGAGAGCGUGAGCAUCCCCGACGAGGUCCGAUCGAAAGCCAGCACAACGGCGCUCAAACGAUCGCCGCGCUUCUGGCCUCCCUCUAUGAUGAGUUCUUCUAUGCACUCAGCGAGCAGCCAACGUUGGGCCGGAGAUUCUGCUGCGGAGACGGCAUGCGCUGCCCCAUACGGUGCCCGCAGCCGCGGGAGCCGAAGCAAGGGAGCGCCGGUCCUAAUGGCGAGGAGGCCCAGGAAGAGGAUGAGGCAAAACGAAACACUGCGCGGGUAGAGCCCUACACACUUUCUGACUCUGCAUUAUCCGGCUUUCUGGAGCCCGCAGACGAGCUCCCGGUGCUGGUGGUCUCCCGCGACCGAGACAAAGCAGCGGUCGGGCCCUUCUUUGUUCGCGAGGGCGAACUGCCACCUGAGGAAGAGGCGAAGCGCUUGGCACAACUUCAGAGAGGAAAGGACGCGCGGCGACGAAUGGACGAGCAUGGCGAGGUGGAACGUACGGGCAGAGGCCAGUCUGCGAGGACCCCAGCUGGGGAGGAAGGGAGAGGGGCGGAUUUCGACGCUGCCCUGUCACCUGGAAACAGCGCAGGACUGUCAGAAGGCAAGGUGAGAGGAACUUUUGAAAGGAAAGAGGGGGAAGGAAGGGAAGGCCGACUGGUAGAGGACACAUGCAUCUCCACAGGAGCGAGCGAGGCGCCGUGCGGAACGAUAUCUGAGCAGAGUGCUCCGACGUCUCUCAACGCUAGUCAGACAGCCGCUGGGAACCGCGACACCAGUACCAGAAGCUGUCCGGGGACCGAACUCGAACAGGAAGUCGGAGUCGAGGUCCCUCUCGUACUGAUCGUUUGGGGAACUGAAAAGGCCCGAGAGGGCUUGCUUCUGCAGACGUACGACCGAGCUCGCAGGCUCCUGAGCAGAAAAAUGGUGGGCCUGGCCUGAGGCAUGGACGUCGAACACUUCGGAGGCAGCGAAGCCCAAGAGCUUCCCGUCAGGUCCAGUUACACCACAGCCCGCGGGGUUCUACGCGCGAGGCGCUCAGAGUUGCUGCGCGGCGAGUGCGGGUGUGGAGGACUCGAACGCAAGAUCCGAAAAAGAGAUGCCUCGUGCUUUGUCGCGUCUCUACGCAGUGAUGAGAGGAAGGAAGAAGACAGUUUGUCGAGUAUAAGUGGUGACGCGCUGUGGCUGAUGAGAAACGCAGAUCGUUCUGAGUGGGGGGUACCGUUUCCGCUAAAGCCAGCGUUCAUUUAGGUCCGAGUACGCGUCUCGGAAGAGCGGUAUCUCAUUUUGCAUCUAGAAAGGGAGAAAACUCCCACACGGCUGGUGAGGCAGGUGCAGCAAGCGUACACACGGUUGUGUUUGCCAAGGUGCGCUGUUUUGGUUCGCAUUUUCCUCGCACUGGCACAGUCCUACACAGCUUUUUUUUGCGCACGCUGCAGCCAAGAUACCUACGGCAUGGGUUCAAGCUUUUGGUCCCCGCCACGGAACACACAGGAUGAGCGGCAAGGAUAUGGUCGUUCACGCGGUUCGACGUUACAGUACCUAGGAUACUGAAAAUGACCCCAGUUAUCAGACACAUACAACCAAGCUCUUUAUGACUGUUGUUACGUGGGCGGUUCCUUUUUGUCAGUUCUCACCUUGUCCCGUGUCCAUUCAUGUUUCUUCCAAACUACGCGCUUUCCGCGGUUCUCCCGCUACUCCCCUCUCCGGCAGAUUUGCUGUCGAAAACGAAUCGUGCACCGCCAAGAAGGAAGUCGAGCACGAGACAGAGGGCCUUCUCAGGGAGCUUUCCUUCUUUCUGCGAAGACGACGCACUUGCGAACCCUUGCGUAACUGUUUUUACCCGCAGACCGAGAUUCUGCCACGCAGCGAAGCCUCCCC